GAAGGUUUCAAUACCAAAGACGACGCCAUUUUGUGUUUUCAACGUUAUGUUUGAUAAUAAAUCGACGAUCGUUUCGACUCAGGUUUUCGCGUCGUGUUAGUUUUUCCGAAAUCGCAACUCUCUGACGCACUCUGAUCACUCUUUUCGGGUGAUAUCAUUCAAUUGUCACGCGUGCACCCAUUUGGACGGACCUAUAUCAAAGGUACGUUCUACGGGCAAGUGUAUAAUCUAAAUGGUGCCUUGCAGACAGUAUGUCUACAUUGCCAGGGGUCAGUUUGAAGGGGGAGAAAAGCAAAGGAAAGAAUUCAUUUCAAUCAUUGAAAAUAAAUAGUUUAUAUAAAGGUGAGUCUACGGAAAGUAACCAACAUAAAAGCAUAGUACCACGUAAAAAUGGAUUGCAGUCUAUUGGAAAGGUUAUCCGCAGUGUUCGUAACCCUGUCAAUUUACCAAGUGAGAAGUCCGAAUCUAGCCAUGAGUCUACAAUUAAUCUAGUCCCUAUCGGUGGUGGAGGAUGGAACAAACCAGUCAUAGAGAAAUCACUUGUGGCUGCGGGCAAAGAGAUUCCGCCUACAUCUAUUGCCACAACGACAUCUCAACUGUCCCAAAGUGGGCCUGUACAGGGACAACAACAUGUUUCGUCCCAUCCUACUUCCKUUCAAGUGACURCCACCACCACAACUACAAGACCUUCUCAUGCCGAUGGCAAAACAUGGGCCAAAAAAAUUGUGGAUGUUCCAGUUACUCCCCCUUAUUUAACACACCGUACUAUGCAAUUCCAACAAGAAUUUCCAAGUCUUACUUCAAGUGGAGAACACAAAAAUGUAACAAACACAAAUAUACCUAUACAGGCCAGCACAGAACAGAGACCUUCCCUUCGUCCUCAAACCGAAACAAGUUGGAUGCAAGGUGGCAGUCGACCCCAAAUGCCUCAAGGCGCCGKCAAUGUUACUGGAGUUGUUUCAGGUCAACCUCAUUCUCAAACAUCUUCCGGGACAGAAUAUGUGAAUGGCGUACGGAGCAAUUCGGCCCAAAAUGGGGUGGCCGGGGCCCCGGCCGGCCUGAAUCCUUAUCAGAUGCAAUAUAAUAUGACUAAAAAUCCAGUUAUGAGGAAUAUGCUGCCUAAUUUUAUGGUUCCAAAUCAAUCAGAUAAUAUUAUAUAUCAUACCAAACAACAUAAUUAUCCAUCAGAAAAAAUGUUUCACCAUAUUUCAUCAACAUCAAUGGCCACUGAUGGUGUUUUAAGUAAACCUACUGCUGAUAUCAAGGAACUUAUACCUCCUCCAAUUAUCCGUGAAGAAGAUUUAAAUAGAAUGAAUGAACUUUCCAAAGAAACUGGGUGGUCUAUUCAAGGAGAAAUUGACUACAAUAAAAAAUUGGACUUCAGUGAUGACGAAGACCAAUUAAAUGAAAAAUUAAAUAAACAAUCAUUGAAUAGUAAUAUCAGAAGUAGAACCGAUAAUGCUAAAGGUUACUUAAGUAAUAAAACUGGCAAUUAUGAUACAAGUCAAAAUUUAAAGGAGGGAGAGUGCUUGCACAUUAAUGCCAACGGAGGCAUGUCUUGUAACCCAGAGUUCAUGCAAUCAUAUGGACCAUCAACAUCUCAUCAAGAAGAUGAGCAAAUAGAAGAUUAUAUGGACGAUGAGUUAGGGAGACAACGUGACGUAAAUAAAGAAGUACUWACUGUCAUACAACGUGCAAAAGAUCGAAAAUUAGAAGAGAUGAAACGUUAUGAACUGCAACAACAAUUAGAAGCAACUAAAUUAAAGAAAAUGGAUGGAGGAAAUAAAGAUAAUAAAGGUGACGAUUUAUCUUCUAAAGAUAAAUCUGUUUGGGAUUUAGCUCCAACUAAUAAUAAAAAUAAAAUAUUGCAAGAACAAAAACUUGAACAGGAAACAAAAAGUGGUAAAAGUGGUCAAAAAAAUGAUGACGACAAAUUACCAGAACCAAAAUCAUCUUUUGAAAACAAUUCUGGUACUUCUUCAUUAUCUCAUCAAAAAGGGAUGAGAUCUGAUCGCUAUGUUGGACCACGUUCAUCAUAUCAUCAGAGUAUCAAUUCUCGAACAGUUUCCAGGUCUGGAUCAAAUAGAAAAAAUGCUUGGCCGGAGUCUUAUGAAGAAAGUCAACGGUCCAGAGGUCCUCGACGUGAAGACAGAAAUCGAGGUGAUGACAGAAAUCGUGGCGACGACAGAAAUCGAGGCGACGACAGAAAUCGAGGCGACGACAGAAAUCGAGGCGACGACAGAAAUCGAGGCGAUGACAGGAACCGAGGUGAAAACAGAAAUAGAAAUGAUGACAGAAAUCGUGGGGAUGAUAGAAAUAGAAAUGAUGAUCGAAACAGGGGAAGUAUAAGACAAAAUGAUCGUUAUUCCGAAAAAUCGACAUUACGUGGAUAUGGUCAAAGAUCUGAACAGAGAGGACGAGUACGUUUAGAUUCAUGUACAUUGAAUGGACGUAGUGGUCAAAAAAAUAGUAUCGAUGAAAGUGUUGAAAAAAACAAAUUGAAUUCAAACUCGGGUUCUAUAAGAAGUAAAAAUUCAUCAUCUAAGCCACAAUCUAAAAUGGAUACAUUUUCAACUUCUGGAGAUACUAACCGUCGAGGUGGUGAAAGUCGAUUUGGUUCUAGACAAAGUAAUCGACCUCUCAAUAGCCAAAAACAAGAUGACCAUUGGGAUUCAGUUAGCGAACCUAGCGAUUAUGAAGCUCAACAAAAAAGUAGUAAUCGGCGACUAAGUACUCGUACAUAUUUAGCAUCAUCAAGAGGUGACAAAAGAUCCACUUAUGAUAAAAAAGAUCAGCCUAAAGAACUUGGAAAUACUGAAAAAUCCAAUCAAAAGUUAACGUCAACUACUUCUGUUAAUGACCCUAAAAGUAGUUAUAGUGGAAGUACUUCUCAGGAUGGAAGAUCAAUUAAAAAAGAUGAUCAAAAAAAGUUGAAUGAUUCUCAACAGAAAAUUCAACGUAUAACUAAUCAGAGUAAUCGUAAAGAUUCUUCUAAACCUACAUCUAGAGCUAAUCAAAGUAAUAACGCAACUAAACCUGGCCAAACAAAUCAGAGGUAUGAACGUCAAAAAAGCCAGCCACAAAUUGGUCAAGAUGACUCAAAUGUUCCCAUUAUUAAAGAUACUGUAGUUAUGGUUAGCAACAAUCCUCCACCUCCUCCACAAAYAAAUGCUUGGGACAAACCAAUAACUCAUGUUCUACGAGCACAGUCACCUAAUGUAAAUAAGCCAGUUACUCCACAGUCUAACAACCGACCUAAUAGUUUAACUGAAAUAAAAGAAAUUCCUGGACAGACAUCUCAAAGGUUACCUUCAAAUAAAGAAAAAUCUUCACCCAAUGUAAUGGAAAAUGGUAUUCUUGAUUCAUCGCAACGAAUGGAAACAAUAAUAUUUGAAAAUACUACGUAUAAAUCAAAACCUAGUGGAGAAGCCAAAAAUAAAUAUAAUUCCAAUAUCAAGCAGCGCAAUGAAAAAGAUACUUGUAAUUUCAAUGAAGAUUCUCAAGAAACUUGCUUUAGAGCAUUCAAAUCUGAUAGUAAAGACUCUAAAUUAAAUGAUGCCGUACAGAUGUCUAUGACCUUUCAAAAUGAUGAAAGUUCUGAGUUGAACCUUGGAUUUGGCGAUUUUGAGUCUGAUUUUACUCAAAGUGGAGCUGGUCAUUUAUCUGCCGAAAACAARGAUGUUAUGGCAAUGGCAGCCCAUACCAGAUCAAUUCAUACUGGCCCAUCGUCAUUAGCAGCGAGUGACUUAAAAACUAUGAUAGCUGGCACUAAAAAGGUUUGGGAUGAUAAACCGGAAUCUAAUCCACAAAUCCAGCAAAACAUUGCUGAUAGUGCUUUUAAUACAGUUUAUAGUACUGCAAGUAGUGGACAUGAUAAAUCAGAGAUUUCUGUUAUCGAUGAACAAAGAGUUCACAAUCAGCAAGUGUACAGGUAUGUACUUUGCUCUGCUCCUCAGUUACCAACUGUUGCUGGCUCUUACAUUCCAGUGUCCAUGGCUGCUGCUGGUCAACUCAAACAAGAUCCAAAUGCUGCUACCACAAACGUAUGCAAGGUUAAACCUCAACCGCAGGGUACAUUGUCGCCCCCAUUGAGUCAACAACAACAACAACAACAACAGCAGCACCAGCAGCAGCAACAACAGCAACAGCAGCAGCAGCAGCAACAACAACAACAGCAGCAAUCAUCAACUAGUACUCAUGUUUUCAGCUCUACAACACCUCAACCACACACAUCAUCUACACCCCUUGCUAAUGCUAUACCAACCCAAGCAACACACAUGAAUUUACAAAUAAUGAUGGAAAAUAGCGAUGGACUACCUGAUAUGUAUGGUCCACAUAUUGCCAAACAACAGCAAACACAUUUAAUAUUGAAUACCAAUAAUAAAACUGGUGUAGAAAUGAUGACGAAACAGUUUGUGUCUGCUGGCACUGGUCAAUCUCCUUCAUCAACUAUUUUGUUUAAUUCAGCUCAACAACAUUACUCAACAACAACAAUGCCACCACCAUCACCUUCUGCCCCACAAGUUUAUUCAUUAUUAGAACCUUCUCAAACAGUAAUAAGUGGUGCUGCACGGUCUCAGUAUAAUCAAUUUGCAUAUGGUCUUCAAUCUAAUGGUUUGAACCAAAAUAUGAAUCAAUAUAAUCCAUCAAUGUUUAUUCAUGCUGGUUCACCAGCUGGUCAAGGUGGAUCAGAAGUAUUACAAUCUUCUAUAUCUCCAUUCAGAAUGGGACCUGCUUAUAACAAUGGUCAGCAAUUAAAUACAAACAUAAACCCAGUAUUAAUACCAAGCAGUACUAAUUCUUCUUCCUCACAAGUAAAACAGUCCUCACAGCAAAUUGGAACAAUCGGAAACAAAAAUACGUAUAAUGCUUCAACACCUCAACCUUCACCUUUUUUGGUGCCAUUUGAUCCUAUAUUCAACCAACCAUUCAAUUCCAUGAAUAAUACAAGAGCAACACCAUUGCAAACUUCCUCGUCUCUAUAUUCUACUAAUUCAGCAACAGGACCUACAAAUCCUAGUUAUAUGCCAUCUGCAUUUCAACCACAAGUGGUUCCUGGCGCAUCUGGUGGCAAUACUUUUGGAAUUCCAGCUGCCUUUGGUUCUCAAAAUGCACCACCCCCAAACAUGCAAAGUUAUACGUCACAGUAUCGACAAGUCCCAUACAUAAAGGGAAAUAUAGCUGGCGGAAAUGGUACAAACGAUCUUCAAAAGUCUGGAAUCACAAAUCAACAAGAUUUAGGAAAUCCAAUGUAUUCUUCUAACUUAUUCAGACAGCAGCAGCAAUACUUUGAUACUAAUAAGGCAUUGAUGAAUUCAAACCAACAAACUCAUCAGGCUAUGCAAGGAAAAUAUAGUAAUUAUCAAGUCUCUGCGACUCAAAGUAAUCAGUUGCCCUUGAUGCAGCAACCUAGAAUGAACAUGAACAGCAGCAAUAAUGGAUCAAUGGCUGGUAAAAUUGCACCUCCAUAUCCAACUCCUAUUCAAAGGCCUGUAUCGAAUUUCCAAUAUUUACAACGUAUUCCACCUCCACACCAAAAUAUACGAAUGCAACCUAAUUGUGCACCAAUACAACACUUAAUGAACAAAAGUCAAUCCUCUAAUAACUAUUAUGUGUCUAAUGGAGGUUUGAUUGUUGAACCACCCUUGCCUAUACCCAAUAAAAUUGAUAAUGUUAAUGCAAAUAUUGAUUCAAAAGCCGAAGAAAAAAUAGACAGUAGUUCAAAACCACAAAGCACAGAAUGUAUAGAUGACAAACCUCUGGCGACUAAUGAAUAAUGUUAAAUCUUUGAGUGUAAUACUUUAUAAAUAUGCGUG